AUGUCUUUGACUUAUAUUAAUUUGGAGAACAGUCCUAAUAAACAAAAAUCUUUUGGUUUAGCAAGUGGAAUGAUUGAGGAUUUUUUACAUAAUCCAUUAGAAAUGUUACGUACUUUGAAAUGUAAUAAAAUAAGCGGCAGUUGGGAUUUAGGAAAAAUAAAAGACAUUUUGAAUAAAAUAAAGAAUCUUGCCUAAUAAAAUAAUAAAAGUCAUAAUAUUAUAGAUCCACCAAAUAUUUCUUAAGAUAAUGAAUGA